AUGGCGUCCACAACAUCACAGCCGGCGGAGAAGCAACUUGUGCCCGCACCAUCGAACCCCGUCCUUCUUGCGACACAAGCCCAAUGGCUUUUUACAGAUGAGGAGCUCACGCGUGCGCCGUCGCAACUUGACGGUAUGACACUGGAGGCAGAACAUACAAGUCGCAGUAAAGGGGUCAAUUUCAUCACCCAAGUGGGCAUCAUGUUAAAAUUGCCCCAGCUCACCAUUGCAACUGCUGCCGUCUACCUUCACCGGUUUUUCAUGCGCUACAGCAUGGUGGACCUGCCGCAACGACCGGGAAUGCACCCUUAUCCGAUUGCCGCCACCGCGCUAUUCUUAUCGACCAAAGUGGAGGAGAAUGUGCGGAGGAUGAGAGAGCUGGUGGUUGCAUGUUGUCGGGUAGCGCAGAAACAACCCAACCUAGUCGUGGACGAGCAGUCUAAGGAGUUCUGGAAAUGGCGAGACACGAUCCUGCACCACGAGGACCUCCUUCUGGAAGCCCUUUGCUUCGAUCUCCAACUUGAACAACCCUACCGCAUCCUCUACGAUUUCAUCUGUUAUUUCGGCGUCAACGAGAACAAACCCCUCCGCAACGCUGCCUGGGCUUUCGUCAACGACUCUAUGUUCACUGUUCUUUGUCUGCAAUUCUCGGCUCGAAAUAUUGCUGCCGCUGCCCUUUACGCUGCCGCCCGACAUUGCGAUGUGGGAUUUGAGGACGACGCCUCUGGCCGGCCGUGGUGGGAGCAGGUCGACGUGGAUCUGGCGCAGGUGCGUCGCGCGUGCACAAGAAUGGCACAACUAUACGAGAACAAUGCCAUGCAGAAACAUAGCCAGUACUACCCGACCACCCCCAUCUUCGCAGACGAGGGCGGACCCCCGCCCCGAGACCGACGCAACUCAGACCGAUACCGCGAACACGAAGACCCCAGCCGAAGACGUCGCUCAGACCUCUCCUCCACCAGCAGAAAAUCCAUCGACGAGCAACACCCUCCACCCCCGCCGCCUCCUCCUCCCUCCGAUAUGCCCCAGAACCAACAACCACCCCCGCCUCCUCCGCCACCAGACCAGGACGAAGAAGGCGGAGGAAGCGAAGAGGGCGAGCUAUAG